AUGGAUCCAUUAGUGGCAGAUGAAUCAUCGGUAUCAAGUUAUUAUUCAAUAUCAAAUACAUCUGUUUCAUCUUCAUUAUCGUUGGAAAGUUUAGGUAGUGGUGGAAAAGACGAAAAAAAACCACACGCUAAAAUAUGUGAUAUAGCCGAUAUUUUAAAUUUGGAAUCAUUCGAAGAAGAGAAUAGACUAACUGGUAGUGAACAACAUGAUAAAAAUUUUUGGAUUUUUUUUGAACAACAAAUAUCCUACAACAAUAAUGAUGAUUGUGAUUCAAUAGUACGAUGUUUACGAACAAAAGCACAAGAAAAUCAAACAUUGGGAUUCGAAAAAUCAAAAGUCGAUCUAUGCGAUCUAGUGAAAGGAUCGAAGCAACUAUCUCCCAGUGAUUAUAAUCGUUCGUUAUACAAUCGUCCAAUUGCAUUUGAAAAAGAUUCUCGAUUAUGGGCUCGUAAUUUACUUCAUACGUUUAAAACAGGUAACAGUGUUCCUACGAGCAAUAACGAUAAUAGUAAGAAUCAAAUAGAAAACAUAUUAUCCGAUAGUAAUAGUUCUAUUUAUAAUGACAAUUCAUUUGAAGCAAAUGUCGAAUAUAUUCAAAAAUUAAAUGAUGAAAAUAACUAUUCCGCUUAUUUAAAUUAUUUACAGUCAAAUCGUUCUAAAUUAUGGUAUACUUUAACAGAUUCUCUUGAUGUUAUCGAUGGUCUCUUAGGUAAAAUUGUCUCGUUUUAA